UUAUCUUAUAUCCCUCUUCUCAUUCCACUAUAUAUAUAGAUAACCUAAUUAACUCAAACAAUAUCCUCAAAAAGAAUAAAAAAAGAAUGCAAGAUAGUAAAAGCACAACUCACGAAUAUUCAAUCUCAAAGAAUCAUGACUAUGAUGAAGAAGAAAAGGAGGAGAAAGAUCGCUUAACCGAUGAAGUUGAGAGCAAGAAAUCUCGAAAGAAGGCAAACUCAAGCAAUAGCACAAUUGAGAAACUUGAAAAGAAGAACACGAGUAGCAACAACUCGGGAUCUGUUAGGAAAUACAUCCGAUCCAAAAAUCCGAGGCUUCGAUGGACACCCGAUCUCCAUAUAUGCUUUGUUCGUGCUGUUGAGAGAUUAGGCGGCCAAGAUAGAGCAACACCUAAGCUUGUUCAUGAAAUGAUGAAUGUAAAGGGACUUAGCAUAGCUCAUGUGAAGAGUCAUCUUCAGAUGUAUAGAAGCAAGAAGGUGGAUGAUCCAAAUAAUCAAGGCAUUCUGCCCACAGAAGGCUUUAUCAUGAAUGGUCGAGAUCAGAUUUCCAAUUUCGGACAACUCCCAUUGUUGCAAACUUUGACUCAGAUACCCAAUGCCAAUUUUAGAAGAUAUGAAGGGGCUUGGGGAGCUUUUACCAAUCCAAAUACAAUAACAUAUAGUCCAAGGCAAGGUAAUGGCUACACUCACCUUCAAAUGAGUACUUAUAACAGUUUUAAUAAUCAUGACCAAAUGUCGCAUUCAUCCCACCAAGGGAGAAGGGCUUACGAGGAUGAUCGAAAUGGUCCAAAAAUAUUCCAACCAAAUUAUAUGACAAUAGGUAGUCCUAAUAUUUCGUUACAAACACACCAACAAUAUAAUCGAAAUAUGGGUUCAAAGAGAAAAAUCAUGGAAGUUGGUGACGAAAAUCUAGAUUUGGACCUCUCUUUGAAAAUAAGUGAGAAAAGGAGGGAUGAUUAUGGUGAUCAUAAGGUAAAGAAGAAGGGAUUUGAGGGUGAAGCUAUUGACUGUACUUUGUCCCUUUCAAUAAAGUAUAGAAGCAAAACUGAGGAAAUUGAGCAACACAAAGAUGGUCCUAUCAGGGAAAUAAGAUGUAGCACCCUACCAUAUAAUGGGAUGAUUAUUGGAGGAAGGUCACAAGAAGCUUCCAAAUAGGACCUUCUUUUGGUCUUUUUUGCAGCGUCUUGUCUAAUUGUGUUUCUCAUUGGGAGAAUAAAGGAGAGGAUUACUUGGAUUCUUUCUUCAAUAUUCUUGAUGGGAUCAAUUAUUUAUUUGGCUUAUUUUAUUCUCAUUAUAUUGAUGAAUUUAUGUUUUUUCAAUACUUUCUAUACAAAUUAACCAGGCUAAUUUGAGAAUUUCGAUUUGGAAUUUUAUUUUCUUUCAUUUGAUUGAAAGUUUCGCAAUUGUUUAUGUAACAUUCUUGUAUCCUAAAUAAAUGAAAUAAAAGAA